AUGGAUAGAAGUUCGGGAUACGACCGAAUGAAGGAAGUGAAAGAAUUCGACGAGUCAAAGAUUGGAGUGAAGGGCCUUUCUGACUCAGGCAUCACUUCCAUUCCUCGCUUCUUCGUACACCCGCCUGAAACUCUUCCUUCUGAUAACUCGAACUCUACCACCAACACUGCCUCAAUCCCCUUGCUCGACUUGGCCAACCUCAAGUCUCCAUCCCACCGUCCCAAACUUAUUCGACAAACCAAAGACGCCGCCUCGACGUGGGGAUUCUUCCAAGUCAUCAACCACGGUAUACCACAAUCAAUCCUUGAUGAGACAAUCCGUAGCAUUAGAGCCUUCCAUGAACAACCGCACGAAAUAAAAGCCAAACAUUAUAGACGCCAAGAGCACCAUGGAGUCAUGUACACUAGCAACAAUGACCUUUACCGGAGUAAGGAAGCCAGUUGGCAUGAUUCGCUUCAGGUGUUUAUGGCACCAGAGGAGAAGAAGGUGGAGGAGGACAUCCCAGAAAUGUGUCGUAAGGAGAUUAUUGCAUGGGACUUCCAUGCCACCAAAUUAGCGGAGGCGUUAUUUGAGUUGUUGGCAGAGGGGCUUGGUUUGGAAGCUGGGAAAUUCAAGGAGUUGGGUUUUAUGAAAGCUAGGUUAUUCUUGGGACACUGCUAUCCCAACUGUCCGCAACCAGAUCUGACGCUGGGGAUCAAAUCUCAUACUGAUGCAGGUUUGACGGUGUUGCUGCAGAACCAGGUCGGAGGGUUGCAAGUGAAGCAUGGAAGUGUGUGGGUCGAUGUCAAGCCCUUGCCUGGGGCAUUGACUAUUAAUAUUGGUGACUUCAUACAGAUCAUAUCAAACGGGGAGUAUCAAAGCGUUGAGCAUCGAGUACUGGCGAAUUCAUCGAAGGAACCAAGAAUCUCAGUGUUGAUUUUCAGUAAUGUGGGGGGUUGGAAAGAUUCGGAUGAAUUUGGGCCAUUUCCAGAAUUACUAUCAGCUGAGAAACCAGCCAUUUAUCGAGGAUUCACUGUGCCAGAAUUCAUUCAAAGCUUUUACAGCAAAGGCCUAGAUGGCAAAGGCAUUGUCGAAAGAGUUACACUACACUAGCUGGUGCGUUGUGGCCGACCAGUACCCUGUCAAUAUAUGUCGCUUAAUCCUCUACGGCGUAGCCAGGAGGAGGA